GUCACUAAAAAACAAAUCGGUGGAGCCCCACCGGCAGCCUCGCAACGCGCGCAAAACGGACGGACGUAGUACCAGCACGCCAGUCGCAGCGUGCAUUCCAUCGCCUGGAAGCACAGCAGUGCGGCUCGCGAAGGGCUGCCGCGCCACCAAGCCUCAGAGCCACCAGUGGCAGCACAGCCAAAGGGCUGCCAAACAAGCGCCAAAGGGCUGCCCCACCACCGUAAAAAACGAUGGCCGCCCUCCGCCGCAAUUUCAAGAAGAACCCCGAGGUGAGGGUCGGCAAGCGCGAGGAAAAUACCAUAGUGUUUAUGGAAAUUUCUAUCGGCCCGCGGAAGGUCGGGCGCCUCGAGAUUGAAUUAAGGCGGGAUCUGUGCCCGCUGACCUGCGAGAACUUCCGGCAGUUGAUCACGGGGGAACGAGGCACCAUUCGCGAGACGGACGAGCACGGUAACAGUCGAUGCAUAAACCUCCACUAUAAGGGCAGCAGGAUGUGUAGGGUGGUGCGAGAUUCGCAUUGCCAGGGCGGCGACAUCGCAAACGGCAACGGCACGUGGAGUCGGAGCAUUUUUAAGAGGGGCGACUUCCCGGACGAGAAUUUCAUUUUGAGGCACACGGGCGCCGGGUGCCUCUCGAUGUGCAACCGCGGGUUGGAUUCCAACGGGUCGCAGUUCUUCUUCACGUUCGCCGCCAAGCCGGAAUGGGACGAGCGCCACGUCGUGUUCGGGGUGUUGCGGAACCGGGAAUCUCUCAGAACUUUAUUCGCGAUCGACCAAGUCGGCAGCCAGUUUGGCAAGCCGUCGCAGGAGGUCAUCAUCUCGGACUGCGGCCAGCUCUGGCCGCCCCACCACACGCAACAAAAGAAGAAGUUCACGUCGACGUCGGGCGCGCGGCACAAGUCGGAGCAGGGUUUUGUGGACUAUGACUGGUAACAACAAAUUGUCUGUUAA